AUGAAGUUCGACCCUGACCAUAAGGCCUUGCCUAUACGUUCAGAAUUGCCUGCGAUUCCUGGAGCCCCAGCCGGAGCAGCGUGGUUUUGGGGUUCCAACGACGAGCUUGGUCGUCUCAAUCUCCUGACCAAGACGCGCGUAGCAGCAGCAGCGAAGCUGAUAAAAACUGGGACGAUUAUAAAUCUCAACUGGCGUGCGGAUUAUCCAGACCCUCCAGCAUUUGGCAGACAAGGUUUCAAGCACACGAUUCAAACCGUCAACGAGUCUGCUUAUGAUGACUUGUACAAUAUGAACACGCAGAGUGGAUCACAGUGGGAUGGUUUUCGGCAUAUCUUGGACAUACUAAUGAGGAAGCUUACUAAGGACGAAAUCCUGAGUGCGAAAUAUGGUGGAAUGCAGACAUGGGCUGAAAAUGGUAUAGCUGGCCGCGGUGUUUUAAUCGACUAUUGGAACUAUACCAACAAAAGUUAUGAUCCAAUCACUACUCAUCGAAUUUCGCUGAAAGAGAUUCACGCGUGCGCCAAAGCAGAAGGGGUGAAAUUUCAGUAUGGUGAUCUACUAUUUAUUCGUUCUGGGUUUGUAGAUCACUACAAUCAACUGGAUGAGAAGGAACGAAAGCGUCUUGGUACCCUCAAAGCGACAGAAUAUACAUUUGUCGGGGUCGAACAAACAGAAGAGAUGCUCGACUUUCUACACGACAAUUACUUCAGUGCCGUGAUAGGCGAUGCCCCAGCCUUCGAAGCUUGGCCUCGAUCAGGGUUAAAUCUUCACGAAUAUCUUCUUCCACUUUGGGGCCUACCAAUUGGUGAAAUGUGGGAUCUUGAGAGGUUGGCUGAGAUGUGUAAAAGCCAAAAUCAGUAUACUUUCUUUAUCUCUAGCGCCCCAGCCAAUGUUCCCGGCGGUGUAGGAAGUCACCCGAACGCUAUCGCCAUCAUUUAA